UACACACUCGCGCGCGAACCGCGCGCGAAGGCGCGAAACACCCGCGUAACAUGAGUGUAGAUCCGAUUCGCAUAUUCUUCGCGGCUUCGCGGCUCGUUCGCGCUGUGUUCCCCGAAAAUUGUCGGUUUUUUGUCCCGCGACAAAGCGCUCGCAGGCGCGAAGCGCGACGUGAACGCGACAAGACUAUACAUUCGCGCCUCGGGCAGCUCAGUCGCUCAGUAGCAAUUGACACGGAUGGUUGUGUUUUAGUUUUUUUUUUAGGUAUAUGCUACGAUUUUGCUUGCAAAAUGAGUAACGUGUGGAGCAAUGAAUUAGAACUAACAUUUAUAGAAUGUUUUCGUGCUGAGCCGGUAUUAUGGGACAUUAAUUUGAAAGAUUAUAAAAAUAAACUGAAAACCCAUGAUGCUUGGAUGCGGAUAAGUACGGUGAUGGAAAUACCAAUUGAUGAAUUGAAAAAGAAAAAAGGUUCUCUCAUGUCAAGCUAUAGGAGCUACAAGGGAAAAGUUAAGAAGUCCGUUCAAUCGGGAGCUGGUGCCGAUGAGAUAUAUCAGCCCAUUUGGUUCGCUUAUGAAGCAAUGGAUGCUUUUUUGGGAGAUACUCUAAAGUGUAAAAAAAGUAUGAAUACGGAACGUGGAAUAAAGGAGCCUAAAGAAGUAAAUCUCGAAGCUAUUAAAGAGAAUGUUGAAGAAAUGAAUGAAAAUCGAAGUCAGUCUAUUAACACCCAAAAAGACAGUGACCAGACAAUCCACCGACGCAAAAUCUCUUCAGAAGUGGUUGACGCAGGAAAUGUCGUUAAAGACGCUCUUAUCACCUUCAAAUCCACGCUAAAAAGGAACCCAUUACAGCCUAUUCAGCAAGACGAUGAUUGCGAUUUAUACGGAAAACUAUUAGCAAAUAAGUUGCGAAAAUUAUCUGAAAAGAAUAGAUUGAAGUUGAUGCACGACAUUGAUGGGAUGUAUUUACAAUACCAAUUUGAUGACCCUUUAGUGAUGACUCCAUCGCCACCUCAUUUUUAUGAACCAAGAACAGGCACAUCAUCAUCUACGCAUUCAGAGCCUCCAUUUCAUUACGGGCAGGCGAAUCAAAAUACUUAUUACCAAAAUAGACAAGUAAUAUCAGCCCCACCUUCUAAUAUCAUUAUUCAAUCGAACCGGCUAAUUCGUACACCAGAUUAUCCUGUCCUUCAUUUACCAGAGAACCAAGAUGCAAACACAUCUGAUCAUAAUAAUGAUAUAGUUCAGACAGCUUUUGACUUAAGUUAAAUACCUACUGAAAUUACCGAAUUUUGUUUUUAUUGUCUAUUGAAUUUUGUUAUUAUAUUUGGUUGAUUUUGCAAAGUUAUAUUCUAGAUUCUAAGUAGUUCUGUAUAUGCAUAAUAAAAGUAUUAAAUUGA